AUGAGUGUUUUUUAGCCAAUUUCUGAAGAAGCCACUAAAUACACCCUUAAUCAAGCUACAAAACUUCUUGAAAAGGUUACAUGUAGUUUUAGAACAGGAAAAAUUGAUGAGAAUUCAUUUUAUGAAUUUUUCAAGUUGUCAGCCUAAAUUCGUAGCUCCAACUAUUUUAAGCUCAUUUUAGCUUGGCACUAUGAAUAAAUUUUGAACUUUGUUAAUGCCAUAAAAGCUGAUUUAUAAUCUAACAUCAAUUUAGAAGUGGAAGAAUAAAUUAAGCUCAUUUCUAAAUACUAUAGCUGCUUUUAGAUUUUUGUUGUUUAGAUCAAGCAAUUUUUACUAAGUAUCGAAGAUUUUUUAUACAAGACUCAAUUGUGGACAACAGUAUUCAAAAAAAGUUUUGAAUAUUUCCGUAAAGAAUUUGAAGGUUUAAAGGAAAUUAUGAUAGAAAAAAUAUUUAAAUUGAUUGAAAAAGCAAGAACAAACUAUGUGAUUCCUAAUGAAGAACUUAGUAGAGUUAUCUAAAUUAUUAUUGAUCUAGAUUUUAAAAAGGACAUCAAGAUAGAAAGAGAUUUAAAAAAUAAUGAAUUGAGAGUAAUCAGUGAUUCUUCUACUGAUAACUCAAAAAAUUAUAUCUAACUAUUCAAAAAUCCUUUCUUGGAAAAGACAAAAAACCAUUUUUAAAAACUAGCCUCUCUUUGGGCUGGUAUGAAUGAUGUAGAAUAUUUUAAUUUGGCUCUGCAAUAUAUAAAAAGAGAAGAAGAAAUUUGCUACCCAUUAUUAAUUAAUAACACAAAAGAAACAAUUAUGGAUGCUCUACAAUUAAAGAGUAGGUUGUAGCUUUAUUAUCAAUAGAAAAUUUUUAAGCCUGUAUUUGAAUCUGCUUAAAAAAAGAUUACUGACUAUUAAUCUGAAGAAAAAAAUAAAGCUUAUUCGAAAAAGAAUUUUAGAGACUUGAAUCAGAAAAUUGCAACUGAGUGGGUUCAUGAUUUGAUUCAAACUAAAAAAUAUGUUGAAAAAUAAAUCCCAAAUGAGGAUUUGUUAUUUAAUUUAGCACAUUAAGAAGCAAUAGACAAGACUUUCUAAUACUGUUUAACUGAAUUUAAAAAUGCUUCUUAGCUUUUACUACUAUACUGUGAUUAUUUUAUGAAAUAAAAUUUAUCUGAUGAGGAAUAUGAGAGAAGAUAAGCUGAUUUUAAUACUAUCUUUGUUUAUAUGUAGUCAAAAGAUGAAUUUUUGCAGUACUAUUAGUAAGCCUUGUGUAAAAGAUUAAUUUGUUUUAACUUUAAAAGCAUUGAUGCUGAAUAUAAAAUGGUCACUCAGUUCAAGAAUUCAAUAGGCGUUCACACUACCGUAAUUAGAUUUCAAAAUAUGCUCACUGAUCUUAAAAUUAACGAGCAGUAUAAUAAAGAAAAGUUUUAAAAUGAUGUUUUAAAGAUUUACAUACUUAGUUCAGUUGCUUGGCCUCUUCUAAGAAAUGAAUAAGAUAACAUUAUUUUCCCCUCCUCUUUUGUUGGCUUGAUAAAUUAAUUCACUUAUCAAUACAACUAAAUUUAUAAUAAAAGGAAAAUCUAUUGGCUAUUAAAUGAAGGUUCAGCUGAAAUCAAUUUCAUAAGUGAUAAUAUGGAUAACUUUGGAGGUAAGUAUAUUUUAAGGACAACUUCGUAUCAAAUGUUGAUCUUAAUGAAGAUGAAUGAGAAAGAUCAAUUCACAGUCAAAGAUUUAAUGGACUAAACUGGAAUUAAUAAGUACUCAUUUGAUAGCAAUCUAAAAUAGCUAAUUAAACUCAAAAUUUUGAAUUGUAGUGAGAAUGAUAAAUAUACUGAAUUCUCUGAAAUAAAAAUUAAUACUUAGUUUUAUUCCACUAAGAAAAGUAUUCUUUGUUUGCCUCAUGCUUCUGUUUCAACUUAAUAGGAUGAUUCAAAUAUUUCUAGCAUUUAGACUACAGUUGAAUAAGAAAGAACUUAAAUUAUUAAGGCUUAUUUAGUUAAAAUUAUGAAGAUUAGAAAAGUUAUGGCUCACAAUGACCUUAUUAAAGAAUGUGUUGAAUUAAUUAAAAAAUGCUCUCGUACCUUCGAACCUUGUUUUCUUCACAUAAAAAACUGUAUUGAGAAUCUGAUUGAAUAAGAAUACAUUAAACGCAUAGAAAAUGAUUACAAAAAAUAUUAAUAUGUGCAAUGA